AGUUGACUGAUCCAGUCCUCUUCUGGAAGAGUCUUCCAUUACCUUUUCUUCUUUUCUUGGUAGUUUCGCUUCAUCUUCCAGGAAAAACUGUGAUCAAUGCACCUACUGAUAGCCUCGUCCUCUUCUGCCCCUUCUUCAUUUCACCAGCAAUCAAACAACAACUAUUCCUGGUUUUUCCACCCGUUCAUACUUCAUACACAUACAAUGUGUUUCUACCUUUUCCACUUUACCUUUUCUCCUUCUCCUUUUCUUGGUAGUUUCGUUUCAUCUUACACGCCACCCUUGACUUCACAUUGACGUUGAUCGAAGCUACCAGGAAACUGUGAUCAAGCAGUGUACCGAUUUUUGAGAUGUGCUUCUUUUCGAUCUGUUCCUCUUCCUCUUCCUCUUCCUCUUCCUCUCCUUCUUCAUUCCAUCAGCGAGCUGAGCGUGAAAUCAAACAAAAAGCUAGAUUCAAUGGCCAUCCAAUUGAGUGCUUCUUCCUCAUUCUCUUCUGUUCCUUUUUCCACCCGUUCAUACACACACGAUGUGUUUCUGAGUUUCAGAGGCGAGGAUACACGCUACAAUUUUAUAGGUCAUUUGCACAGAAAUUUAGUUCAGAGGGGGAUCAACACUUUCAUAGAUGAUCAUGAUCUUCCAAGGGGAGAGGAAAUAUCAGAAGCACUUCUCCGAUCCAUUGAAGGAUCAAAGCUCUCUCUCAUUGUGUUCUCUGAAAACUACGCAUCCUCAAAGUGGUGUUUGGAUGAACUGGUUCAUAUCCUUGGAUGUAGAAGAUCAAAGAAACAAAUGGUUUGGCCAAUCUUUUACAAAGUGCUCGGACGUAAGACACCAAACAGGCACAUUUAGUGAGGCACUUGCAGAGCAUGAGCGCCGAUUUGAAGAUGACAAGAACAAGGUGUUAAGAUGGAGAGCAGCUCUUUCAGAAGCAGCAAAUUUAUCUGGGUGGCAUCUCCCGGGCGGGCAUGAAUAUGAAUCUAAAUUUAUUGCUAGAAUCAUUAAAGAGAUUUCUGCACAAGUAAUAAAACAUACCCCAUUGAAUGUGGCAAAAUUUCCAGUCGGGAUAGAAUCUCGUGUACAAGACAUGCUUAAACGCUUAGAUGUUGGGGGAAGUGAUGUACGCAUGGUAGGGAUAUGGGGAAGUGGUGGAAUAGGGAAGACAACAAUUGCUAAAGCUGUUUACAAUACAAUUGUCCAUGAGUUUGAAGAUAGUUGCUUUUUGGCAAAUGUUAGAGAACGUUCAGUGCCAUAUGAAGGUCUAGCCAACCUACAGAACAUUGUUCUUUCAAAGAUUCUAGGGGGCAAACUGGAAGUAAUCAAUGUUGAUGAAGGAAUCAAUUUGUUGCGUGAAAGGUUGAGACAUAAAAGGAUUUUGUUAAUUCUUGAUAAUGUGAAUAAAUCGGAUCAGUUAGACGCAUUAGCCGGAGCACCUGAUUGGUUUGGUCGUGGCAGCAGAAUUAUCAUAACAACAAGAGAUAAGAGUUUGUUUGUUCACGAUGUCAAUCAUAUAUACAAAGCCAGGGAAUUAGAUCAUCGCGAAGGUUGUGAGCUUUUGAGUUCAAUUGCCUUCAAGAAUAAGAGAAUUUUAGAUGACAAUGAGAAGCACUUAGUUAGCACUAUUGUUAUAUAUGCUCAAGGCCUUCCGUUGGCCCUAGUAGUUUUGGGUUCACAUCUAUGUGGUAGACCGGUACAUAAAUGGCAAGCUAUGCUAGAUGGUUUUAGAAGAAAUCUUCCCGAAGGCAUUCAAGAUAUUCUCAAAGUCAGUUAUGAUGGACUGGAAAAAAUAGUAAAAGAAGUUUUCCUCGACAUUGCUUGUUUCUUCAAAGGUUGGAAGACAAAUGAUGUGAUACAAAUACUAGAAGGUUGUGACCGCAACAACCCCAUGCAUAGUAUUGAAGUUCUUCAAGAAAAAGCCCUCAUAAAUGUUUCUGAAUUAGGUUUUAUAAGUAUGCAUGAUUUGCUAGAAGAGAUGGGAAAAGACAUAGUUCGGCAAGAGUCUACAGAGCCUGGUGAGCGAAGCAGAUUGUGCCAUCAUAAGGAUGUGCAUGAUGUUUUAACAGGAAAUAUGGGAACAAAAAAAAUUGAAGGUGUAAUGAUAAAGAUGCCUACAGCAAAUGAGAUACGCUUGAGUCCUAAAUGCUUUAAAAAUAUGAGAAAUCUUAAAAUUUUUAUAAACGUCAAUGGACGGUUUGGUGGAAAGGUUGAUUAUUAUCCGAAUCAGUUGCGGUUACUUGAUUGGCAUGACUGUCCGCUAAAAUCUUUCCCCUCUGAUUUUAACAUGAAGAAUCUAGUUCAACUUAGUAUGUCUUGCAGCCGCAUCUCACGUUUUGGAGAAGGAUUCAAGAGUAUGGAAAAUCUGAAAUCCUUAAAUUUGAGGGAAUGUAAAUUCCUAACACAUAGUCCAGACCUGUCUGGAAGCCCAAACUUAGAGUUCCUGGAUCUAAGCUACUGUACAAGUUUAAAGAAGGUCCACCCUUCGGUUGGAUCCCUCAAAAAGCUUGUUCGCCUGAAUCUUUUCUAUUGCUCUAACCUUGUGAGGCUACCUGGAAAAGUCAACUGGAGGUCCCUCCGAUUCAUUACCCUUGCCGGGUGCACAAGGCUGGAGAGUUUCCCUGAAAUUGAGGGAGAGAUGAAAUACAUGACAUCCUUGUGGCUGAACGACACUGCCAUCAAAUCAUUGCCAUCAUCCAUUGGAUAUCUAAUUAAUCUUCAAGAGUUGUGGCUCCAACAUUGUGGAAACCUCACAGAUCUACCCUGUAGCAUCUAUGAAUUGCAAAAUCUGAAGCACGUUUGGUUGUCCGAGUGCCGAAAACUCGUAACAUUCCCAAAUAAGGUGGACUCUGAAGUGCUUCCAACUUACUCAAAGGUUUCACAUGACAACUGUGACUCUUUAUCGAAAAGAAAGAGACGGAGUGAAGGCAGUUCAUUGGACCCAGAGCCAGACACUGAAUUCAAUUUGGCGCUUCCUUGGCUACGUCGAUUCUCGGCGAGUGGAUCCAAUUUGUCUAAUAUUGAUUUCCUCGCGUCCCUUGAUUGUGCAUCCACUCUAGAGGAACUUGAUUUAUCAGUAAGCCCCAUUGUUGUUCUUCCCGAAUGCAUCAACAAAUUUGUCAAGUUGAGGGAACUCAAUUUGAGAGGCUGCAGGAGGCUCGUAGAAAUUCCAAAGCUUCCAUCAAGGAUUGGCCGGUUGUUGUUGAGGGAUUGCGUAUCAUUGGAAAGAAUUUCGAAGUUGUCAAACAUUUUGGAGCGUAAAGAAUCACAAAUAAUGAUUAAGAAGAUGGACUUGACUAAUUGCUGGAGACUCUGUCAAAAUUUGGUUGAGAUGGCAAACAAGGAUGAUGAUGAGGUGGACGCUGAUCUCUUCUCCCGACUCCUAUCUUCUCAGCAAUCCAAAUUCACAAUUACAUUUCCAGUUCCAAGAAGUGAGGUUCCAAAGUGGUUCAGCUAUCAAAUGGAGUUCAAGGGGGGUCGACAAUUUGAAUUUUGUAUUGAAACACUUGCAAAUUUCAAAUGGGACAACACAGGAUUGGCUGUCUGUGUUGCUGUUGAUCAAAUCGUUCAUAAGGUUUCUGCUGUUUGCUGUUUUGAUGUCCGUAUUUACAUCAAUGAAGUACAGGUAUUCGAUUACGAUUCAAAUGGCCUCGAUGUACAGGUUGAUUCAAGAGAGUCGGAUCAUGUGUGGCUGCACUAUGUUCCCUUCCUUGAAAUGUGCCAUCCGUCACCUUUUCAUCACUGUCGAGUCGGUUAUACGCGUCCGUUGCCCCCUUUUAAGUGUCGAGUCACUAUUGAUCAAUGGAAGAACAUUGAUGUCUUCUUAAAAAGCUGUGGGGUCCAGCUUGUAAUGCCACCCAAUGAAGACGUUUGUUUGAAGCUAAUCCCUGCAGAGAACCUCAAACAUUGAACUUUCUAAUGAUGAAGUUUAUCUUUCUGAUGAUGAAGUUUACCUCACCGGUGAACUUUUUGAUGAUGAAGUUUAUCAGGACUGAUGGGACAAUUAUCGUCCCAAACAGAGGACUGACUGCAAAGAAUUAUAUACCGAUGCGCAACUGGAGAACAAAAAGCUAUAAUUAUUACUAAUGCAGCAUAGCAUUGUCUAUGGACCAGUGUCACGAAUACAGGUAAAUAUAGUUUCCUCUGGUGGAACCAUACACUGUUCCAAUAUGCAUACAACUUUGCCAGCUCAUCAGUUGAAAUUUUGCAUUUGCAUGUUCAUUGGCAGUCCUAUUCUAAGCUACUGAAACCUGAAGCUGGGAUAUCAGAAGGCAAGAUCCUUGCUUUUGCCAAUCCUGCCAACCCUUAUUGGCGAAGAGAUCGAUUGUUUAGGAACUAAAACUCUCGGCCUCUUCAAACGAUCGAUCUCCUCGUCCGACAAGGAGAUCGAGAUUGAUUGUUUAUUUUUAGUUAAAACAAUUCCUUUUUUUUUUUUUUUUUUUUUUUUUUUACGACUCCAAAACUUUCUGUGACUCCAAA